AUGGCUCCAAACAAAGUGGGAAAGGCUAUCAAGGCCAAGAAAGCCGUCGUCAAGGGAAGCAAGACUAACGUUCGCAAGAAUGUCCGCACUUCGGUUCAUUUCAGACGCCCGAAGACCCUCACGGUCGCUAGAGCUCCGAGGUAAGUAGUUCGUCAUUUCUAGAGUGCAAGCCCUUUUAAAUGCUGAUCAUUGUUCCAGAUACCUUCGCAAAUCUGCCCCUACCCGAAGCAAGCUUGACAACUUCGCCAUCAUUAAGGCUCCGCACACCACUGAGAGCUCGAUGAAGAAGAUCGAAGACCACAACACCCUCGUCUUCAUCGUCGAUGAAAAGGCCAACAAACAUCACAUCAAGCAGGCUGUCCACGCCCUCUACAACGUCAAGGCUAUCAAGGUGAAUAACGAAGAGUACUGCGAAUGAUGAAUUGGAUUGUUCAGGUUAACACUCUCAUCACGCCUCUUCAGGAGAAGAAGGCCUACGUGCGACUGUCCCAGGACUACGACGCUCUGGAUGUUGCCAACAAGAUCGGAUUCAUCUAA